UCCUACCAGUUCGUACCCCAAGCCAAACCAGCCCCCUGUCGCAAGGCAAGGAGGAGCUGCGCAACAGAGCUAACCCAAGCCAGUGCAGAGAGUGAUCAACGGAGGAGGAAGAGGAAGAUAAGUAAGCAAAGGCGAAGAUGGAUCGAGAGAUCCACCGGGUGACGAGCCUGCGGCGGGACAGCUCGCUAUGGCGUCGCGGCGACGACGUGUUCUCGCGGACGUCGUCGCGGUUCCAGGAGGAGGAGGACGACGAGGAGGCGCUGCGGUGGGCGGCCCUGGAGCGUCUGCCCACGUACGACCGGGUGCGGCGCGGGAUCCUGACGGUGGAGGACGGCGGGGAGAAGGUGGACGUGGACGUGGGCCGGCUGGGCGCCCACGAGAGCCGGGCGCUCAUCGAGCGGCUGGUCCGCGCGGCCGACGACGACCACGAGAACUUCCUCCUCAAGCUCAAGGAGCGCAUGGACAGGGUGGGCAUCGACUACCCCACCAUCGAGGUGCGGUUCGAGAAGCUGGAGAUCGAGGCCGAGGUGCGCGUCGGCAACCGCGGCCUCCCCACGCUCAUCAACUCCGUCACCAACACACUCGAGGCCGUCGGGAACGCGCUCCACGUCAUCCCCAGCCGGAAGCAGGCCAUGACCGUCCUCCACGACGUCAGCGGGAUCAUCAAGCCCCGGAGGAUGACGCUGCUGCUCGGGCCUCCUGGCUCGGGUAAGACGACGCUUCUUCUGGCCAUGGCAGGGAAGCUCGACAAGGACCUCAAGGUCUCCGGGAAGGUCACCUACAACGGCCACGGGAUGGACGAGUUCGUUCCCCAGAGGACCGCCGCUUACAUCAGUCAGCACGAUCUCCACAUCGGGGAAAUGACCGUGAGGGAGACGCUGGCCUUCUCGGCUCGGUGCCAAGGUGUUGGCACUAGAUAUGAGAUGCUUACUGAGCUGGCGAGAAGGGAAAAGGCAGCGAACAUCAAGCCCGAUCAUGAUAUCGAUGUCUACAUGAAGGCCUCAGCUAUGGGAGGGCAAGAAUCCAGUAUUGUGACAGAAUACAUACUGAAGAUACUAGGACUGGAUAUUUGUGCUGACACGUUGGUAGGCAAUGAGAUGCUAAGGGGUAUAUCUGGUGGACAACGCAAGCGUGUCACAACAGGUGAAAUGCUUGUUGGCCCUGCAAAAGCUCUGUUCAUGGAUGAGAUAUCCACUGGACUGGAUAGCUCAACCACAUACCAGAUUGUGAAUUCUCUCAGGCAGACUAUCCACAUCCUAGGCGGAACUGCUGUCAUCUCCUUGCUACAGCCAGCUCCUGAAACAUACAACUUGUUUGACGACAUUAUACUCCUCUCUGACGGGCAGGUUGUGUACCAGGGCCCCCGAGAAAAUGUGCUCGAGUUCUUUGAGUUCAUGGGCUUCAGAUGCCCUGGCAGAAAGGGUGUUGCUGACUUUUUACAGGAGGUGACAUCAAAGAAAGACCAGGAGCAAUAUUGGUACAGGGGUGACAGGCCAUAUCGUUUUGUACCUGUCAAGCAAUUUGCGGAUGCAUUCCGUUCCUUCCAUGUGGGCAAGUCGAUAGAGAAUGAGCUUAAAGUGCCAUUUGAUAGGACCAGAAGUCACCCUGCUGCUCUGGCCACUUCAAAGUUUGGUGUCAGCAGGAUGGAGUUGCUGAAAGCCACUAUCGAUAGAGAGCUUCUACUCAUGAAGAGAAAUGCAUUCAUGUACAUAUUUAAAGCUGUCAAUCUAACUCUGAUGGCGUUCAUUGUGAUGACCACAUUUUUCCGUACAAACAUGCGCCGUAAUGUUGAAUAUGGAACAAUCUAUUUGGGGGCGCUGUUCUUUGCUCUUGACACAAUAAUGUUUAAUGGUUUUGCGGAGCUUGCGAUGACCGUCAUGAAACUUCCUGUCUUCUUCAAGCAGAGGGAUCUUCUUUUCUUUCCUGCAUGGGCCUACACCAUACCAUCAUGGAUUCUUCAGAUCCCUAUCACGUUUGUUGAAGUUGGAGUUUAUGUUUUCACCACGUAUUAUGUCAUUGGAUUUGAUCCCAGUGUAAGCAGGUUCUUUAAGCAGUAUCUGCUGCUCCUUGCGAUCAAUCAGAUGUCAUCUUCGCUGUUCCGUUUCAUUGCUGGAAUUGGAAGAGACAUGGUUGUGUCCCACACCUUUGGACCUUUAUCAUUGUUGGCUUUUGCAGCAUUGGGUGGCUUCAUCCUUGCAAGACCUGAUAUCAAAAAGUGGUGGAUUUGGGGUUACUGGAUAUCUCCCCUAUCAUAUGCACAGAACGCUAUUUCAACAAACGAAUUUUUGGGGCCCAGUUGGAACCAAAUUGUUAGUGGAACAAAUGAGACCAUUGGAGUUACCGUGCUUAAGAAUCGUGGCAUCUUUACGGAAGCUAAGUGGUACUGGAUUGGGCUUGGUGCCAUGGUUGGAUACACUCUCCUCUUCAACCUGCUCUACACCUUAGCACUGUCAGUUUUGAGUCCAUUGACAGACGCUCACCCAUCAAUGUCUGAAGAGGAACUGAAAGAAAAACAUGCAAAUUUAACUGGUAAAGCUCUAGAUGGUCAUAAGGAAAAGAAUUCUAGGAAGCAGGAAUUGGAAUUAUCUCACAUUAGUGACCGAAACUCGGGGAUUAAUGGCGUGGACUCUAGUGACAGCAGGAAGAGACUGGUACUUCCAUUUACACCACUGUCACUUACCUUUAACGACACAAAAUACUCGGUGGACAUGCCAGAGGCAAUGAAAGCACAAGGAGUAACGGAAGACCGCUUGUUGCUUUUGAAGGGUGUCAGUGGUUCUUUUAGGCCAGGAGUACUUACUGCAUUAAUGGGUGUGAGUGGUGCUGGAAAGACAACCCUGAUGGAUGUUUUAGCGGGUAGGAAAACCGGAGGAUACAUAGAGGGGGAAAUCACCGUAUCAGGCUAUCCAAAGAAGCAAGAGACCUUUGCACGUAUAUCGGGAUACUGUGAGCAAAAUGAUAUUCAUUCUCCACAUGUGACGAUAUAUGAAUCACUCGUAUUUUCUGCAUGGCUGCGGCUUCCUGCAGAGGUUGACUCAGAAAGAAGAAAGAUGUUCAUCGAGGAGAUCAUGGAUCUUGUAGAGCUCACAUCAUUGAGGGGGGCACUUGUUGGGCUCCCUGGAGUGAAUGGUCUAUCAACUGAGCAACGCAAGAGGCUUACAAUUGCCGUGGAGCUUGUUGCUAACCCGUCGAUCAUUUUUAUGGAUGAGCCAACAUCUGGUCUUGAUGCUCGUGCAGCUGCAAUUGUGAUGAGGACUGUUAGGAACACUGUUAACACUGGCAGGACCGUUGUUUGCACCAUCCACCAGCCAAGUAUUGACAUAUUUGAAGCAUUUGAUGAGCUUUUCUUGAUGAAGAGAGGGGGAGAAGAAAUUUAUGUUGGUCCUGUUGGCCAAAAUUCAGCAAAUUUGAUUGAGUAUUUUGAGGAAAUUGAAGGCAUUAGUAAGAUAAAAGAUGGAUAUAACCCAGCGACAUGGAUGUUGGAAGUGUCCUCUAGUGCGCAGGAGGAAAUGCUUGGUAUUGAUUUCGCUGAAGUUUACAGACAAUCAGAACUAUAUCAAAGGAACAAGGAACUCAUAAAGGAGCUAAGCAUGCCACCUCCUGGCUCUAGAGAUCUCAACUUCCCUACACAGUACUCUAGAUCAUUCGUCACACAGUGUCUAGCUUGCUUGUGGAAGCAAAAAUUGUCGUAUUGGAGAAACCCAUCCUACACAGCAGUGAGAUUACUCUUCACCAUCGUCAUUGCGCUAAUGUUCGGAACGAUGUUCUGGGACCUUGGAAGUAAAACUCGAAGAUCACAGGAUCUAUUCAAUGCCAUGGGAUCAAUGUAUGCUGCAGUACUAUACAUCGGAGUGCAAAAUUCUGGUUCUGUUCAACCAGUUGUCGUGGUGGAGCGAACAGUCUUUUACCGGGAAAGAGCAGCUGGCAUGUAUUCAGCUUUUCCAUAUGCAUUUGGACAGGUUGCUAUCGAAUUUCCGUACGUAUUGGUUCAGGCUUUGAUAUAUGGCGGGCUAGUCUAUUCCAUGAUUGGAUUCGAAUGGACAGUUGCCAAGUUCUUGUGGUACUUGUUCUUCAUGUACUUCACCAUGCUAUAUUUCACGUUCUAUGGAAUGAUGGCUGUUGGCUUGACGCCGAAUGAGAGCAUAGCAGCUAUCAUCUCAUCAGCAUUCUACAACGUAUGGAACCUCUUCUCAGGAUAUCUUAUCCCCCGACCUAAACUUCCUAUUUGGUGGAGGUGGUACUCAUGGAUUUGCCCGGUGGCAUGGACGCUAUACGGACUGGUUGCCUCCCAGUUUGGUGAUAUCCAACAACCGCUCGAUCAGGGAGUUCCAGGCCCACAGAUAACUGUGGCCCAGUUUGUCACGGACUACUUUGGUUUCCAUCAUGACUUCUUGUGGGUUGUGGCGGUGGUGCACGUUGCUUUCACCGUGCUGUUCGCCUUCCUGUUUAGUUUCGCCAUCAUGAGGUUCAACUUCCAGAAAAGAUGAGGAGGAUGACAUUCUUUCAGAUUCCUUGUACGUAGUGCCAUACUGCUGUCCAACAGCCAGUGCGGAUGGAUUGAACAUAGUAUAGUUGUUUCUGUACAUGAUAUAGAGGUUAUUUUGUAUUUCAAGCAUGUAGAAAUUUCGCACAACUAUGCUCUGUAGGACUUGUAGGAAAGGCUAAUUAGUCUUCUUGAGCCUCCAGCUUCUUUACCAGCUCUAGCUGAGUAACUGUUACUUUCCUCGUCGGAGAAUGUAAACCCGACCAGUAAUGUUGUCAUUUCUGACGAGUUAAUGAAGGCAGAAAUUUUGUUGAUUCUUCAA